AGAAUGAUUGACUGGUUGUCCUGGCCUCUGGCUCAGCAUGUGGAAACAUGGGUGAUUGCACUGCUAAAAGGACUGGCUGCAGUCCAGAAAUUUACCAUUCUCAUUGAUGUCACUCUGCUUAAGAUUGAGUUGGUCUUUAAUCGACUUUGGUUUCCUCUAGUGAGGCCUGGUGCCCUUGCUGUCCUUUCCCAUAUGUUACUUAGUUUUCAACAUUCUCCAGAAGCUUUUCAUUUGAUUGUCCCACAUGUUGUCAGUUUGGUUCACUCCUUCAAAAGAGAUGGCUUACCUUCCAGUACAGCCUUUUUGAUGCAGUUGACUGAGUUAAUACACUGUAUGAUGUAUCAUUAUUCAGGAUUUCCAGAGCUCUAUGAACCUAUUCUGGAAGCUGUUAAGGAUAUGCCCAAACCCACUGAAGAGAAGAUUAAGUUGAUUCUCAGUCAGAGUGCCUGGACUUCACAAUCCAGUUCUUUGCCAUCUUGUUUAUCUAGACUUUCUGGAAAAUCUGAAACUGGGAAGACAGGCCUAAUUAAUCUAGGAAAUACUUGCUACAUGAACAGUGUUAUUCAGGCACUUUUUAUGGCUACAGAUUUCAGAAGACAUGUUUUAUCUCUGAAUCUAAAUGGGUGUAAUUCACUAAUGAGAAAAUUACAGCAUCUUUUUGCAUUUUUGGCCCAUACCCAGAGGGAGGCAUAUGCUCCUAGAAUUUUCUUCGAGGCUUCCAGACCACCAUGGUUCACCCCUCGAUCCCAGCAAGAUUGCUCAGAGUAUCUUAGAUUCCUGCUAGACAGGCUGCAUGAAGAAGAGAGAACCUUGAAAGCACUGUCUUCAGUAAAGACUUCAGAAAAUAUAAUGAAUGAAGAGUCCCAGACACAAGAAGCUGAUCAUAAAGCACAAGUAUUUGCACCUUAUACAGGAAGCGAAGAAAGAACUCUGAUAGAGAAGAUGUUUGGAGGAAAGCUGAGGACUACUAUAUGCUGUUUGAACUGCAAAAGUAUGUCUCAAAAAGAAGAAGCUUUCACAGAUCUCUCUCUGGCUUUCUGUCCUCCCACUUCCUUGGAGAAUAUUGGCCCAAAAUGCAUGGAAAGUUCUGAAGUGAAAGACGAUUACAUGGUGCAAACUAACACUUUAGCAACUAGUCCUGCUGGAGAAACACCUCUCAAUAAUUUGGAAGUAAAUGGUGGAUGUGACACAAUAAUGAAUGAAGGAACCCUAAAAGAUUUUUCUAUUGAGCCAAACUCUGAGAAUACCACAAAUUCUGAACUCAACAAAGUUCAAGAUAAUAGGGAUACGUCUCAGAGGCUAGUAGGUAAAAAUACUCUGUCAGUUACAGACUUACUGAAUUAUUUUCUGGCACCUGAGAUCCUCAGUGGAGACAAUAAGUAUUAUUGUGAAAAGUGUGCCUCUCUACAGAAUGCUGAGAAAACUAUGCAAAUCAUCGAGGAACCUGAAUACCUCAUUCUCACUCUCUUGAGAUUUUCAUAUGAUCCAAAGUGUCAUAUAAGGCGCAAAAUCUUGGACAAUGUUUCUCUGCCACUUGUUUUGGAACUACCACUCAAAAGAACAUCCUCUUUAGCUGUAGAUCCAGGAAUUUGGUCUGCUGGUGUUGAGAUUUCUGAUACUGGAGAAAAUCUUGCUAAAAAGCUGAAGCCCUCAGGUGCUGAUGAAGUGACCUGCCCACAAUUGGUGCCCUAUACAUUAAGCUCUGUGGUGGUGCAUUCUGGUGUAUCCUCUGAAAGUGGACAUUAUUAUUCAUAUGCUAGAAAUGUUACUGGGUCAGGACUCUGCCACCAGUCUACAGCUCUUUCUUUAGUUUCUCCUCAGGAUAAGUUGUUGACAGAGGAGAGUCCUUGUACUGUUGUAGAAAAUGAGCUGGACAUGGAGAUGCCAAGAGAAUGGUUUCUGUUCAAUGAUAGCAGAGUGACAUUUACCUCAUUUCAGUCAGUCCAGAAAAUUACCAGUAGAUUUCCAAAGGACACCGCUUAUGUUCUGUUUUACAAAAAACAGAACAGCACCUGUGGCUUCAACACCAAUUCAGCAAAUGGACUCUGGGUAAAUGGAGACCCACCCCUACAAAAGGACCUCAUGGAUGCAAUUACAAAAGAUAACAAACUGUACUUGCAGGAGCAAGAGCUUAGUGCUCGAACACAGGCACUUCAAGCUGCCUCAGCUUCAUGCUCUUUUCGACCCAAUGGAUUUGAUGACAAUGACCCCCCGGGAAGUUGUGGACCUACAGGUGGAGGAGGAGGGGGUGGGUUCAAUACUGUUGGUAGAUUAGUGUUUUGACUAUGAAGACACCCUGGAAUACACUGGUUCCAAAGCAGCUCUGUACUGCUGAGGACAACUAAAAUAGUGAACUUUGUCAGAUAUUGUACUAAGUUCUGAGACUUGAUCUUUGUUUCAAAAGCAAAUGUUGGGGGCUUUUUGGUUAUGUUUUAUUUGAAAUAAAUAAGCGCAUAAUGGAAAAAA